AUGGCUGAUCCCGAGCUGCAAUCAAUUUCCCAUAGGAGGCUCAGCGCGGGCAUCAAAAGAAUACCCGGCGGCAGGGAACUGGCGCCACAACACCACUUUGGUCUCGACAUCGCCGCCACCAACUUGCUGGCCAUGGCUUCCUCCACCGCGGUUGACUCACUUGCGAGUGCGCUGGUCGCGCGUUUUCUACGAACCUAUAAUUAUGCCGAGACUCUGAAGGCUUUCAUCCAUGAAGCUGGCCUUGCGCCUGACGUGGGGCAAACCUCGGGCGAUGACACCAACGGCUUGACCAUACAGAGCUUGCUAGAGGAGAAGAAGAUCUUCGACCACAGCGUGAACUUUGAAAGAUAUGGCAAGGAUAACAGGGAGACGGACCUAUGGAGCGUUCCAGCCCCAUCCAAACCAACAAUUGUCUCAACUCCAACGUCAUCGAACUUGCUCAGUGCUUCUGUGGAGCUAUGGGAACAUUCUGGUGUACCAGCACGCCCAUCCAUUAUCUCUGCUGGAGCUGACAGACAGGUCCAUCUUCUGGCAACCGCACCUGAAAAUGCAAUCCAAGCCUCCUUCUCCGGCUUGUCAGAUUCUCCGGUCCUUUCAUAUGCCUCGAUACUCCAUGGCCGAUAUGUGUUUUUGACCAACAUGUCAGGGCACUUACUCCUGCAGCGUGGUUCUCAAGUCCUGGAUUGCAAAAAAGAUCACGCAAAAUAUGCUAUCAAGGUGAUUGCCCAUCAGCAAGAGAACACGGCUGAAUCACAAUGUGCUUUUUGGGUGGCCACCGCGGGCUGGGAUGCAACUGUCCUCGUAUAUCGAGUUGUUAUCCCAGACGAAAACUCUGCAUCAAGUCCAGUUAUUGGAGAGCCCAUUAAACGUAUCAAGCUAGCUACCAACCCGGAGUCCUUGCUAUUCGUACGACACAUCUAUACGGGCGAGUUGCUGCUUGUGCUGUCGCGGCGUGACUCAACCUAUCUCUACUACUACGAGGUGGAAUCUGUGCCAACGGAAACUGGCCAUGAUAAUACCGCGCAGGAAUCACAUUCUACAGAAUGCCGCCUUCUCGGGAAGCAAAACUUAGCUCCGCAUUCGAAUGCGUGGGUUACAUUCUCCCCAUCGCACCUGGCACUCAGCCCACAUGAUCCUGGUCUCUUAGCAGUCGCCACGUCGUCGGAGCCGCAUAUGAAGCUCAUCAUUGUGCGCCUCCUGUUCCCAUCCACAAAAUCUGUGGACAAGCGUGAUGUACCAGCUGCGGAAGCUACAGUGACGCAAGCCUCCCAAGCCCUCGAGGCUCUGGCCUUGCAGAAUCGAGAGGAUGCUGCGAUCUUGGUACAGGCCAAUACCUUUGCGCCACAAACAGCAUACUCGACACCGCAGGUGGUGUGGCGACCUGAUGGGUCGGGAGUCUGGGUAAAUGGCGAUGAUGGUGUCGUUCGGGGGAUCGAGACGAAGACGGGGAAAAUCAUCAGUACCCUUAAGAAUGGCCAUGAGCCCGGUUGCAAAGUCCGGACUAUUUGGGCCGGACACGUUGAUGUGUCUGGGGAAGGUGAGGAUCCUGCUCAGGAGGAAUGGGUUAUCAGUGGUGGGUUUGAUAAACGAUUGGUUGUCUGGAAAGUAUGA